AAACAUCAACCUAAGAUGCCAGCCGUAAAACGUACCAUAAGGAAGGAGACAAACUAAGGCCGGCUGAGCAUUUAUAUGCAAAGGCCUGCCCUUUAUCCCUCAGUGAUGCAGGAAUGUGAAGGAUGCUGAGCGUCCACCUGAUACUGCUCUGCGCCCGGGGGAGGGUCUCCAGUCUCCACUCUGGCUGCCAUAAUACGGCUCAGCGCAUGUAGACAGGCAGGAGGGGGAAGCACAUCCUCAGAGAGGUCUGCUGGAAACAUGAUCAUCAGGGGAUCCUAAACGCAUUCUUCGGAUCCUGUCAGAUGAUUCCACAACUGAGUGCGUUUUGUGCUUUUCUCCAAACGACAUAAGCAGAGACCGGCGUCCGGACGAACCGUGCAGAACGACACAAGCCGAUAUCAGCCGCCGCUACGUGUGAGGCGAGGUCACCGCAGUACCGCGGUUUUCUCUUGUGACUUGAUCCAAAGCUGAGAGUAACCUCAGGCACUGCCAACGACCUCUGUGAUCUCUUGAUUCAACACUAUUAUCGGUGUCUUAAAUGAUGUGUAGGAGAAGGACUGGGUAGAAAACCCCCAUAAAGUCAACAGAGAAAAGGAAAAGGAACUAGGAUCACAUGGUUGGUAUGGACUGACGAGUCAGCUGAAAGCAGAUCAGUGUGGCUUUUCUUGGAAGUUGACAAUGGUGUUGUUUCUGAUUGGGAUCUCAAUUCCUGUGAAUAAUUCUUCUCAUGAGAACCAAACUGCAGGAAACUCCACCCAUCAGGGUGUGCAUGUGUUGCCUUCAACACUGGUUUUAUCUCUUCUUCUUAUCAUCGUUGUCCUGCUGACAAUCUACUGCCUGCGGUUCAAAAACCACAGGAAAGCUCUGGUUACCUCAGUGGAUAAAAAAAUUCCAAACGGCUUCUUGGAGGAGCAAGGAGAGCAGACAGUGGUCCUCCUCCCCAGAUCUCCUUCACCAUCCAAGAGGUACUUCCCUAUCCCUUUGGACUCAUUGGAGGAGGAGUACCGGAUACGCUCUGCAGAUGAUGGCAAGCUCUUCAGAGAAGAGUUCAAUUCACUGCCGUGUUACUACCACCAUGGGUCCUUUGAGGAGGCGAGCAGAGAGCACAACAGAGAGAAAAACAGAUAUCCAAAUAUUUUACCAUACGAUCAUUCAAGGGUGGUGUUAAGUCAUCUCGAUGGACACUUGUGCUCAGACUACAUAAAUGCAUCUUACAUAGAUGGUUAUAAAGAAAAGAACAAAUUCAUUGCAGCUCAAGGUCCAAAACCUGAGACAGUGGCUGACUUCUGGUGGAUGAUUUGGGAACAGAAAACAACAACUAUAGUAAUGCUGACGAAUUUAAAAGAAAGGAAGGAGGAAAAAUGUUAUCAGUACUGGCCAGAAAAAGGCUGCUGGAUGUACGGGAACAUCAGGGUGGCGUUAGAGGAUGUCAUUGUACUGGUGGACUACACCAUUAGAAAAUUCUGUGUUCAAUAUCAGGGCAGCGAUGGUCCCAGAGCUCCCCGGCUGGUCACCCAGCUUCACUUUACCAGCUGGCCAGACUUCGGAGUGCCAUUCUCACCCAUCGGCAUGCUGAAAUUCCUCAAGAAGGUCAAAGCUGUCAAUCCAUCCUACGCUGGACCUAUUGUUGUGCACUGCAGUGCCGGGGUUGGGCGGACUGGGACGUUCAUUGUCAUUGACAGCAUGAUCGACAUGAUGCACAUAGAACAGAGAGUGGAUGUCUUUGGGUUUGUGAGCAGAAUACGAGAACAGCGCUGUCAACUGAUCCAGACAGAUAUGCAGUACUCCUUUAUCUACCAGGCUCUGCUGGAGUACUAUCUGUAUGGAGAUACAGAGCUAGAUGUGUGCUCUCUGGAGGGCCAUCUGCAGAGGCUUCACAACACCAGGGCUCCCCACGACAGGCUGGGCCUGGAGGAGGAGUUCAGGAAGCUGACCAACGUUCGCAUAAUGAAGGAGAACAUGAGAACUGGGAACCUUCCUGCCAACAUGAAGAAGAACCGUGUGCUUCAGAUCAUUCCGUAUGAUUUCAACCGAGUAAUACUCUCAGUGAAAAGAGGACAGGAGUUCACUGACUACAUCAAUGCCUCCUUUAUUGAUGGCUACAGGCAGAAGGACUAUUUUAUCGCAACCCAGGGCCCACUGUCUCACACAGUGGAGGACUUCUGGAGGAUGGUGUGGGAGUGGAGGUGCCAUUCAAUCGUUAUGCUCACCGAACUCAAAGAGAGGGAGCAGGAAAAGUGUUACCGGUAUUGGCCAUCAGAGGGCAGUGUAACAUUUGGAGAUUAUACGGUGGAGCUGACUGGAGAUACACAGUGUGAAACCUUCACUCUCAAAGACAUGGUUCUCACCUACAGACCAGAAAAGCAGUCACAACAUGUCCGACACUUCCACUUCCACGGAUGGCCUGAGAUCGGAAUACCAGCCGAGGGAAGAGGGAUGAUUGACAUUAUUGCCGCUGUGCAGAGGCAGCAGCAGCAGUCUGGAAACCGUCCCAUAAUUGUGCACUGCAGUGCCGGUGCAGGACGGACGGGCACCUUCAUUGCCCUCAGUAACAUUCUGGAAAGAGUGAAAGCUGAAGGCCUCCUGGACGUUUUUCAGACAGUCAAGAGUUUACGCAUGCAGAGACCACACAUGGUUCAGACCGUGGAGCAAUACGACUUCUGCUACAGAGUGGUCCAGGAUUUUGUUGACAUUUUCUCAGACUACGCCAAUUUCAAAUAGUGUAAUAAUGCUCUGUAUGCUGUGUGUCAAAUUAACAUAUGCAAUUUUUUCUGAAUGUUGUUUUCUAAAGCAAGCAAUUGUAGUAUUUUGCACAUGAGUACAGAUUUAAACUAAAUGGUGUAACAUACUUUAAUAUAACUGAAAACAUGUGGUCUACAAAAAAGUCUGUCUCUUAUGAGAAUGUUUGAUCUUCAAGUACCCCACUGUAAAAUUUAGUAAUUCAAAUUUUACUUAAUGGCUUGGAUAAAUUGUAAAAAAAUAUAUAUAUAAUGCAAAUAUACAACAUUUUAGAAUUGUUAAAGGGAGUAUUAACUGAAUUGCAACA